AUGGAGGCAGUGGAAGAGGUGGUCUUGAAGCCCAUCGAGCGGGCCAUGCAACCAUGGCUUGACGGCCCAAGGAUGCUGGUGUGCGACCACAAUGUUUUCCGAGUUGGCAGUCGGGUUACCAACCGUCGUGGAACGGAAGGGACCAUCGUUGGCGUGGAUAAAGAUGGGGACCUUGCUGUCUUCCUGAAGAAUGGACAUGCAGGAAUUUUCUAUGCCAAGCAGUGCCGAAAAGCAAUGAGUAUUGGCGAUCGCGUGCGCUACAACUGCGGUGCAAUCGGAGAAAUCAUCGACUUUGACAAAGAUGAUGACCUGCUGGUGAAACUCUCCACCGGCACCAACCAGGUUUGGUAUCGCAGCUUCAGCCAGCGUCUUCCAAGUGUGGGUGACCGUGUGCACCACACAUGCAAAGCAAUGGGCACCCUGGAAGGGUUCGAUAAGGACGGUGACUUUAAAGUGAAGAUGUCCAAUGGCGAGUCUGCAGUGUGGUAUGCAAACAAGAGCAGGCAAGGCAUUGGUUCUCUUGACCCAGAACCUGAGUGGCCGGCUCUCCCUGCAGAGUUGCCAUGA